CACAAAAUUUUUAAAAAUGUUCCGCACCCUCAUGGAAAAAUUCCUGGGUCCGCCACUGUUAACGAACCGUUGGAUUUUGACUGCCACCCGUCGCCGGCGACGACUUCGUCGGAAAAUGGUACAACUGUUAAAUCGGAGCCGGAGAGUUUUGUGAGUUCGCCGGCGAUUUCAAGUUUUCCGGCGGAAUCGCCGCCGCAGACGGCGGAGCAGGAGAGGGGAAAGCAUUAUAGAGGUGUGAGGCGGCGGCUUCCGGCGAAGAAUGGUGCGCGGGUAUGGUUGGGGACGUUUGAGACUCCGGAGGAUGCGGCGGUGGCGUAUGAUAGGGCUGCGUAUCGGAUGUGGGGUUCGCGGGCUUUGUUGAAUUUUCCGUUGCAGAUUAAUUCCGGUGAGCCGGAGCCGAUGAGGAUAACGAAACGGAGGUCGACGUCGCCGGCGAGUUCGUUGGAGGAUCGAUCGCUGAAGAGGAGAAUAGUGGAUAGACAAUGAGUGUUACAUUGUGUCACAUUUUUUAAUUUUUUAUUUUAAUGUGUGUAAUGGGUGUUUCUUGUGCAUAAAUGACAAAGAUUUUUUUUAGGGUUAUUGAAUUUUAUCACCCCUAACUAUCGGCCUUUGGCCGUUGCCACCCUCAACUAAUACUUUGACACCCGGCACCCCCAACUUGACUUUUAGUUUGUGCUGACACCACUCAGUUAAAUAUUUACUAACUAAGUUUGUUUCUUAUCCUACAUGGCAAGACUUGAGGACGUGGACAAGAUGACCUCGAGAAUCUUGAUUACUAAACCCUCAUUUGUUUCGAUUCACCAGAUAUAU